AUGUUAUCUCUUGGCUUACUGGGGUUCAUAUCUGCUCUUGAUGUCACCAUCACACCCCCCGCUCUACCAACGAUCGUACAAGACAUCGGAGGAUCGACACUGUAUAUCUGGAUUGCUAAUGUGUUUGUUCUUGCUUCCUCUGCCGUGCAACCACUUUUCGGGCAAUUUGCCAACAUUUUCGGUCGUCGCUAUCCGCUGGCAUUUGCGAUUGCCUUGUUCAUUGUCGGCAGUGGUCUAGCUGGAGCCGCUCACUUGCCAGUUCUACUCUUGGUUGGCCGCCGUGUGCAAGGCGUUGGCGCCGGUGGGACAUAUGUGCUGAUCGACAUUGUUUGUUGUGAUCUGGUGCCCUUACGCGAUCGCGGAAAGUACUUAGCUAUCGUCCAGGCCUGGGGAGGAGUCGCAGCUGCGCUAGGCCCUCUAAUCGGAGGUACCUUGGCCGAGCAAAACUGGUGUUGGAUAUUUUACAUCAAUAUUCCUAUUUCUGCUUUGCCGUUUAUAGCGGUGGUCGCCUUCAUGGACGUCGAAACCGGCCGCAACACUAUGAAGAUACGCGACCUGGAUUAUCUUGACAAUAUUAUCUUCAUUUCCAGUACCACAACGGUAUUGUUUGGGCUCAUCAUGGGCGGUAUCGAGUUUCCUUGGUCCUCUUGA